UCAUCCCUCUCUUCUCUUGUUCGCGUAUCUGUGUUUGUUGCCUCUCGAUCGAUCGUGUAACUGAGGAGUGAGGACGAUGAUGCAAGCAGUUUCCAGGAGAUUACUCCAACGGCCUAUCGCCGCAGAAACUUCGAUCUAUUCGUCGUCUUCUCUAAGAUCGCUCUAUGGAGUCUCUAAUCACCUGAAUGAAACUGAUAGUCGUCGAUACUCGUCUUCCCUUGCUACAAAGGGCGUGGGACACCUCGCUCGCAAGGGUACUGGUGGCAGAUCUUCCGUCAGUGGCAUUGUAGCUACGGUGUUUGGAGCCACUGGGUUUCUUGGUCGUUAUCUUGUGCAACAGCUAGCUAAAAUGGGAUCACAAGUUCUAGUUCCUUUCCGAGGCUCUGAGGAUAACCCUCGACAUCUCAAGUUAAUGGGAGAUUUAGGUCAGGUAGUACCAAUGAAAUUUGAUCCAAGAGAUGAAGACUCGAUUAAGGCUGUCAUGGCAAAGGCUAAUGUCGUUAUCAAUCUCAUUGGAAGAGAGUAUGAGACCAGGAAUUUCAGUUUCGAAGAGGUGAAUCAUCACAUGGCCGAGAAACUUGCAUUGGUGGCUAAGGAACAUGGUGGGAUAAUGAGAUUUAUUCAGGUUUCUUGUUUGGGAGCGUCUGCGUCAUCUCCUUCAAGAAUGCAGAGGGCAAAAGCUGCUGCUGAGGAAGCUGUCUUCAGCGCACUGCCUGAGGCGACAGUCAUGAGGCCUGCGACCAUGAUUGGCACAGAGGACAGAAUCUUGAACCCUUGGGCAAUGUUCGUUAAAAAAUAUGGUUUCCUCCCGCUCAUAGGUGGUGGUACAAACAAAUUCCAGCCCGUAUAUGUGGUUGAUGUUGCUGCGGCAAUCGUUGCAGCUCUAAAGGAUGAUGGUUCCAGCAUGGGGAAAACGUAUGAAUUGGGUGGUCCAGAUGUCUUUACCCCUCAUGAUUUGGCGGAGAUCAUGUUUGAUAUGAUACGUGAAUGGCCUCGAUAUGUGAAGCUUCCAUUUCCAAUUGCUAAGGCAAUGGCGGGUCCUCGUGAUUUCAUGGUGAACAAAGUCCCGUUCCCUCUACCAUCCCCCCAGAUCUUCAAUUUGGAUCAAAUCAAUGCGCUUACAACCGAUACACUUGUAUCUGACAAGGCCUUGACGUUUCAGGAUUUGGACCUCGUCCCUCAUAAAUUGAAAGGAUAUCCAGUCGAGUUUCUUAUCCAAUAUCGCAAGGGAGGUCCUAAUUUCGGCUCUACUGUCAGUGAAAAGAUACCAACAGACUUCUACAAUUGAUGCUGCUCCUGCUCAAAAGGUCGUUUCCUGGGACUAAUUUUAUUCAUGCAAUGCUGCAAUGAAAUCUCGGAAACUAGAUUUGGUAUUUUGAUGCGUUUCAUUUUCUUCUGUCAAUAAUAAAAUGGUUUCCCUCUCUUUUUUUGUGUUAUGGAAAAAAGUAAAACCCGUCAACAUGAUCAUAAGUUAGAGAGAUGGGGCGAUUUGGACCCCUGGAAACUGGUUAAACUUCAUGUGCUACUUUACUCUGGAGUUAUAGCUAAAGCCAUGUGCUUUCAUCUUUGCA